AUGAACUCCACCAAGCGCAAGCGCUCACGCCUGGCCUGCAAGCCCUGCCGAGAACGCAAGCGAAAGUGCGACGGCCAGGACCCCUGCGUCACAUGCACGGAAUGGGGCUACGACUGUCACUACGAGACCCCCAAGAGGCGGCGGGCGUCCUUCCACGCAGGAUCCCUCACCUCGCCCGUCUCCCAGACCGGCCAGGGACUCCACUCGGCUGCUGCCGGCGCGCCCAGCACCGUCGACUCCGACCACACCGGCCUCGUCCGCCAUCUCGAGGCGAACUCCGGCGCGGCCUUUGUCAGGAAGCUCGGCCUGAAGAUGGACCCCUCUGGGGCGCCGAGGCUCCAUCUCUUCGGCUGGAACGUCGGCGCGAGACAGUUGAAGACCUCUGAUUUCGUGCCGCCGACGACUUCUACUCUUUCCGUCGUCGAGAUCACGUCGCUCGAGCACAUGAAGUCCCUGGCCGGCUUCUACUUCGACAAGCUGGCCCCAUGCUACUGGUUCGUCGACAAGGAGCAGUUCUUGGAGCGGCUGGAGAUGCGCUGGAAGUCGACGGCAAUGACGCCAGACCUGUACGACGGAGUCCUCGCCGGCGUGGCGGCCCUCGGGUGCCUCUUCUCCCAGCGCAACGUCACCAUCACCGAGCUGCACCUGGUCCGCUGUGCCGCAUCUACCUUGGACAAUCACCACCUCGCCGGCCCUCCUUCUCUGGAUCUGCUCACCGGCUGGACCCUCCGGACGAUCUACCUCCGGCUCACAGACACACCUCACGCGACGUGGAUAGCCAGCUCGACCCUCAUGCACCUCGUCGAGGCGUCGGGUCUCCAUCCCAGGUCGCACUCGUCUGUGCUGCUCCCGAGCGCCCACGGCAACCCCGACAUCGAAAGAGGCCUCGUGUGUGUGGCGCACCAUCUCAACACAUGGGCCUCCUUCGACCUCGGCCUGUCCCGCGUCUUUGCGCAGUCCGACGACCUACCCUUGCUCCCCGCGCCGUCCAGCGCCUCGGACUACACGGCCGAAGUCAUGGGCCUCCUGCCCGUGUCCAUCAGCCUCGACCCGGGCCGGUCCAGGGACGAGGCCGAGCUGACGGAGAAACUGAUCAGGGUCCUCGGCAGCUCGCACACGCAGCCCCCCUCCGUGCUCGCGCAGUCCAACCUGACCCUCUGCAUCCUGCGCCGCAUCCACAGCCAGAACCUCGACAUCUCGGGCGACCUGGCCGAGCGCGUGCUCGCCCUGCUCAAGAAGGCCCUCGCCUGCGCCCGCCGCAUGGUCGCCGCGUGCUGCCCCUGGCACCAGGUCGCCAACGUGCCCUUCCAGAUCAUCUGCGUCCUGCUCGUGCUCGACACGCGCUCGUCCCUGGGCCUGCUGCCCGAGGCGAUGCAGACCGUCGGCCUCGUCGCGUCCACGUACCCGACCGACACCAUGCGCGAGGCCUACAGCACCGCCUGCCUGCUCGUCAUGCUGCACCAGCAGCGGCGCCGGCACGACGUGGCCGUCUUUGGCGAGGUGCUCGCCGUGCACCACCACCAGCCCGAGGCCGAGGUGCCUCCCUCCUCGCCGCCGGCGGACCAGCCCGCCCCCGCCGCCCCGAGCACGCAGGAGAAUAUGUGGCUCGAGGCGCUGGUCGCUGACUUCCCGGGCCUGCAGGGGGUGGAUCUUGACCAGUUCUUGAGUGCGGAUAUGGGGGCUGGCUUUCCCAUGAUUGGCGGCGUUCCGGAUGGGUCGGGCUUGUGA